CCUUACUUGACCUCAUCAUCAUGGCGAACUGCGGACGUGCCCACGUUGAACGAGGCGCUUUUAAAUGACGCAGUUUGUGUGCGCACGUGAGAUGAAAGCACCGCUGCAGUGCAAAGACAGCAGUUUAGAGGAUCUUCACACUAAAUGGCCACCGAUACUGCCGAGACAUCUGCUGUGCAGGAGAGCAGCCAUGAAUGUGCAAACAAUGAACAUAAGACCGAACAGACUGGAGAAACUGAAACGCUGUCUAAAAGACAGAGGAAGAGACUUCUUAAGAGUCAACAAUGGGAAGAACAGAGAGAACUUCGCAAACAGAAGCGGAAAGAGAGAAAACAGCAGAGGAAACUGGAGAGACACGCGCAGGCUGAAGAAGGAGUGGAGUGGACAGGGAAGAAGCGUUUGCGCAGGUCGGCUGAGCCCAGCUCUCUCAGACUGGUCGUAGACUGCAGCUUUGAUAACCUCAUGGUGCUCAAGGAUGUAAAGAAACUUCACAAGCAGAUUCAAAGGUGCUAUGCUGAGAACAGACGCACACUGCAUCCUGUACAGUUUUACCUUACAAGUCAUGGUGGUCAGUUAAAGCAAGUCAUGGACGAAAUUAACAAAGGCUGGCUCAACUGGAAGGAUGUUCAUUUCAAGCCUGAUGCAUUUCAUGAAAUCAUGAAGAAGGAGGACCUAGUCUACCUCACCUCUGAUUCACCCAAUGUGCUACAAGAACUCGAUGAGGCCAAAGCCUAUGUGAUUGGAGGUCUGGUGGACCACAACCACCAUAAGGGAAUCACAUUUAAUCGAGCCCAAGAGCUUGGCAUUGCUCAUGCUCAGCUUCCGCUGGGCAGUUUCGUCAAGAUGAAUAGCCGCAAGGUGCUGGCCGUCAAUCACGUUUUUGAGAUCAUGCUAGCGUUCCUGGAGAAACGAGACUGGCAGGAAGCUUUCUUUACCGUGCUGCCACAGAGGAAGGGAGCUGUGCCAGUGGGCCAGGAGAACAAGCUCGGAGAGGGCGAUGACGAGGAAGACUCUGAUGAAGACUCGGACACAGAACAGCCAAUCUCAGAAAAGAGCGCGGAAUCAAAGGACCAAUCAGAAAGCAAACAGGAAGAACACAAACCUGUGCUAAACCAGUCAGAUUCCAGCGAGCGAAACACGGCUUAGAGAUAUUUAAGAUGUUUAAUGUUUUCGGAAAUGUAAAAAAAAAAAAAAUCUCAGUUUCAGAUUUGAGAUGCUUCUUCAUGCAAAGGUUUGGACUUGAAGAUGUUUUGUUGAAACAAAUUUCAUGACAGAAAAAAAUAUAUUAAUAAUAAUGAAAAAAGACAAUAAUUGCCCUCCUUUUUUAACCUUUUCCCUUUAAAAAUAAACAACAAUCAAUAAUGUGUAGAUCUUAUGAAAAAAAAAAUUACAAACUUCUUAUUUUAUAACAAUGAGCUUUUUGUUCAUUGUUAACAUUUAAUAUCUGAUCUGCUCAUAUUUUUAUCCUGUAAAUUUAUACCGAUUACUGAAGUGUAUAUUUGGUACAUUUUUUGUUAAAAUCGCAAUAUUUAAAAAAAAUGUCUAAGUAAUGUUUUUGUUUUUCUUUUGACUAACUAAGAAGCAGACUCUGCAUGUUAGCAGUUUUUUGCUGUUCUGCCACAGUGGGAUCUGUACUUGUGUACCAAGAGAACAAGCUCGGACACGGCAAGACUCAGAUGUAAACCAUCCAAUCACAGAAAAGAAAAAGACACAAAGGACCAAUCAGAGAGCAAAAGGGAGGUACAUAAAACUCAGAUUCCAGUAAGAGAGAAAACAGGGCAAAUCUCGAUCUUAAGUAGUUUGGUCAUUUGUUGCUGUCCUAUGUUAUUUUCAGGUUAAUGAAAUAUCACUUGUGCAUUUGAGAUACUGAGGAACUUUCCUUUUCAGUGUCAGACAUUUAGAUCUCACUUUAGAUCCUAAUGCAUAUGAAUGUAGCGAUGGUCUUACAUAUUGUACUUGUUGUUGGUAAUCUAAUAAUCUGCAUAAAAAAAUAUUGUAUCUUAUAGACCUAAAUGUAGAAGACUUUAACGUAAAGUUAAAUGUUCAAAUACUGAUUAUUGUAAAUCAUGCUAGAGCACAAGUGUCAAAACGUUUCUGUUUUUGAACUUUAACAGUAGAUUUGAAAAAUACUCAAAUAGUCCCCUAGAUGUCAUUAUUCACCUUCACGCGAUUUUAUAAGAAAAGUAAACUAUUAUUUGAUUAAAUGAAAAGAAAAAUCUAAAGCGUGAUUAGGUGUAAUAAAAAAUGUCUCUUAUUAUUAUUGUUUCAGUAGGAUUUUAUCCUGUAAAUAUUUUCAUUUUUUUUUUUUUUUCAAAGGAUUUUUUCUUCCCUUUAAAUAUUUGAGUUUUUCAAAACUUUUAAUUGGCAUGGCAGUUUCACGUUAUUAGCACAGCAUCAAAGAUUGAGUUUUAUUAGUGUUCAUUUUAUUUUUAUGGCAUAAAAUUAAAGACCAAACGUUAAUAACAUUUUGGGGACAUUAAAACCAUCUUAUAGGUUUAUGAACAGAAAUGCUAAUCACAGAGAAGCUUUCCUAAUCAUAAAUAACUGUCUUUUUCAGCUCAAAACCCCUUGUUUGGAACACUAUUCCACUGAACUCUGUAGAAGUGCCUGAGGCUUUAACUGUUUUCAGGAGGGGGAACAGGUUUAUAGUUUUUGGUGUUCCCUUUCCUUUAGGCCAAGAAUGCAACCAGAUACAGGUCUGGUAGAUUCAUGUAGCGUUCAUACACAUGAUAAAUAUGUCAUCACACUUGUGAAAAUGAACCAGAUAUGCUGUUUUGUAGCUAGUUUAUCCAGCAAUCUUAUGGGAUAUUGGGAAACCUUUAACAGAACAGCACUUUUAUUGCAAGGAUGUCUGGUUACUGGACAGUUCUGAAGCAAAUCUGAAAAGAUAUGUAAAAUAUUGUUAAGGUUAAUCAGAGUCAAAUGAUGAAUUAUGUUCUGAAAGGUCUUGUGUGAACCUGUAAGAUAUAGUUUUAAUAGGUAAACUUAUUCGUUCUUAAUUUGAGAAGAAAUUAAAACAAGAAAAUGUUCA